GACAAGCAAUCCAGCAUAGCACUUUCACUUUGAGCGGACUGAGGAUACACAGUGUGGCCAGAGGGAGAGAUAGAGAAGAGGAGGCCAGUGUCUCUCCCGCUUUAUCCAUUAACCAGUUUCGAGGGAGUGGGGAGUGAUUCAAAUUAGGCUGUUCAGGAAGCUUCUAGGUCAGUAGUGAAAGGGAGAAAGGGAAAGGGAAAGAGAUAUAGUAAAAACAAAAAAAGCUUUCAUGCAGCCACACAGGCUUAAGUGGGAAAAUCCAAAGUGAGAGAGCAGGAUGGCGUGAGAGGAUAAAUAAGGCAUUUUUUGGAAAGUACAAAAGGGACUCAAAUGGAAGGAAUGUAAAAGGGAUGUCAGCAAGAAGACUAAAUAUCAAGCCGUGAAGGAGAAGACACAGCAGAGUACUCUGUGUCAAAGACCUCAAGAAACCACAGAGGAGGAAACUUUGCCUUUCCCAGACUGACACAGAAACCCGCUUGCAGAGUGAUUGCCGUCAACAAGAGAAAUGGAGAAGUGUCCAUUCUUAGAAAGAUAAAAAGGAUGUCACUGCCAGUUUUGCUGUUGCUAUCACUCUUGACUGUCCAAUGUGGUGGAUGUGACUUUGACUGGGAAGGUGUGAAAAACAUAAAAACGACUAUCGACUCUAAUCCAUCUGGAUUUCGGACAGUAUUUCCUAAAGAUUACUAUGUAGUGCACCACUACACAAAAAGCAUGCUCUGUAACACUGAUGAGUGUUGUGUGUUCCCUGCUGCGAUAGUCCUCCUGGAUUCCUGGCAUGUGCUUCUCAGAAACCUCUGGGAUGAGCACCUAAAUCACUCCUUAAUCCUCGAUCUCAAACUGACACUGGAUAAAAUUAUAAAAAGGAACAAAAAUACAGAGAGGUUCCAGGAGGAGACGGACCUGGCCCAAUUCUCCACAUUAUCCUCCUCUCCUGAAGAACUCCUCAAGCUAACGUCAGAACUUUUCGCUCGAUGGCUCAAUGUUGGGUGCUUACCUUCUAUAGAAACUUGUACCCUGCCCACUUUUCCCUCCUCUGUGGAGAGGAAGGACUACAGUCCAUCAAGGGCCAGACUCUUAACCACCCGAGCUAUCAGCAGUGUGGAGGAAGGACAGCCUGACAAGAUGAUAGACAUUACACAGCCGCUGUCCAAUGGCGGCCCUCCAUCCCUAUCGUAUUACGCUUCUGUCUGGAGCCCCUUGCUAUUCAGACUCUACUGGUGGCUGUUGCCAUAGUUACUAAAAAAGGAUCUUUUUGAUAAUGCACACAAAAUGCAAGACAUUUCCUGGCACUGAAUGUUUGUUUUCUUAUAUUUGUGUCUUUGUGUUUUAAUGCAGUAAGCUUUGUUAAUAUGAAGUGACAUGCACAGGUUGCAUUUAAGUCCAAAGUUAGUUCACAUAGCUAAGUUCACUGUCCAACAAUGUUCUUAACAACUGAUAUCACACAUAUAAACGUAUAGCCAUCCUCUCUAGAGCAAGCCACAAGCUCCAGCUAGCUAUGCUCUUUAUGCUAACAAGAGAUAAAUGCUGAGCAAGCCAAUGCACAUAAGCCAUUGUCUAUUGAUGUGGAAUUCAUCACUGUUUACAAUGAAUGUUAUGUAAAUGUAAGAUAUUACAGUCUAUGGACGUUUACUUUUGUACAUAGUUGUAAAUUAAAGCCAUUUAGAUAUAUA